GUCAAGAAUUUUCGCCCCGAGUUUUGGACGGCGGAACCCUAACCCUAGAUUUCUUUUCUUCGCCUUCUCUGCUUUCCCCCCACCUUGGCACGGUCCGCCUUCGAUCGCCGUCCCGCGCCUUUCGAUCUCUCUAGGAUCGCCGGGUCUCGCAACUGUUUUGCGGUGAUCCCAGUGCCCUCGACCGAGCUGCAAGGGCAGCGUGAUGUCGCGGUGCUACCCGUUCCCGCAGCCGUUCAUCGGAAAGCCGUUGAUCGCGUCUAUUAAGCUCCAAGAAGGACAGACGACAAAGGAUAAGAAAGAGAAAAAGAGGAAGAGAAAGGAGAAGAUAGAUAAGGCCAAUGUAGAGCCUGUAAACUUUCAGUACCUUGGAAAGAGCCAAGAAAACAGCAAGUAUGAAGAGAAGAGCCUCUUCAAUCAGAAGGUCCGGGACAGCCAGAAGACAAGCAAGGAUGUAUUUGAACACAUGGAAAGAAGUGUCCUCACUGAAGAACAUGAGGUUCCAUGUUCCAUUCAGGACAAAUACAACUCCCCUGAGAGCUCUCAGGAUAGCAACAAGAGGAGAAAAGUUGCAUCAUCCGUAUCCAGCCACAAUAAGCAUGGAACUAUACUUCGGAUCAAGUUGUCGUCCUCGAGGCAAAGAGAUGCAGAGCUGCUUUUGUCAUCAUCAAGGCAAAGAAAUCCACAUCUGCCGUCCACACUACAAAUAGCAGGAGUAACAACAGUAGUAGCACUUAACAAAUCGGAGCAGAUAGUUCAUAAGCAUCCUGCAGCUGAUGAGCAGAUAGUUCAUAAGCAUCCUGCAGCUGAUGAGCAGCCCUGCUCCUCAGGCAGGGAUAUCGAAACUGGUCUUAACCAAGAAGCAGCUGUAACUUUGCAUAGAACUUCCGGUUCAAAAAGGAUUGGGGGAAGAACUUGGCAGAAGGAACAGUUUAGAGAUCUAAUAGUGAACUGGAAUCCACCGUCAUUGCAGCUGGAGUCUUGGGAUGCUGGUGGUGAGGACUGGUUGUGUGGGGCUCCAAAGCGACACUCUAGUCUUUAUGCAGAUGAGGGCAAAGCUACACCAGAAGUCUCCUCGGUUAGUGUAAGCUAUAUGAGUUCUUCCCAGCAGCCCCGUGCCUGUUAUCUUCCUGAGUUUGACAUGUAUCAGCUGCCAUACGAAAUCCCGUUCUGAGAUCCAGGGACAGAGAAUCUCAGAAGGUGGCAGCGUGCCAAACCUGGCAAAUGCGAGUCUGAAUCAUGUGAAAGCUCAGACUGGGACCUGUAGGGCAUGUCAAGCCUGGCAGAUGCGAGUCUGUAUCAUGGCAAUCUGAGACCGAAGGACCCUGACAUGUAGAAAAUCUCAGGAGGUACAGCAUGUCAAGCUGAGAUCAAGUGACCCGUGGAGAAUCUCAGAAGGUAGCUGCAUGUGAAGCCUUGCAAAUGCGAAUCUGUGUCAUGGCAGGAUCAGUUCGAAGGGCCUGUGGUGAAAUCUCAGAAGAUAGCAACGAACGGCAUGUCAAGCCAGGCAAAUGUGUGUCCUGUAUCAUGUCAAGAUGAGAUGGCUGGACGUGCAGAUAAUGUCAAAAGGUAGCAGGACGUCAUGCCAGGCAAAAGCAAGUCUGUAUCAUGUCCAAAGCUGAGAUCGAGGGACAGAAAAAAUUUCAAAAGUUAGCAAGCAACAUCGGGAGUCUGUACCAUGACAAGCCGGAGUUUUAUUUUUUUGACUCCAUUGAGAAUUAGAAAUUGUUUUGAUUUGUCGUCAACAUAAUUAAAAAGUAAUUUCUAAAGUAAAGUUGCCAUGUAUACGAAACUGUUCAUCAAGAGCUGUUUUGUGAUUGCAAGAAAUAAAACUAUCUUGUGCUACA